AUGGCGCAGCGCCGCGUCACGGACUUCUUUGCGCGCCGCCGCAGCGGGCCCCCGGCCGGUCCGCCGCUCAUCAAACCGGCCCUGCUCACGCCGAGCCCCGCGAAGCCGGCGUCUGAUGCCUCGGCACCUGGCACGAGCGACCCGCCGUCUGGCGGCAGCCGCAAGCGUACCCGCCCCUCCGCCAACCCCGCGCACGACGAGCCCGCGCCCCCAGCGCGCAGGAGGCUGCAGCUGCCUCUGCCACCCGCCCCCGAGCCUGCAGACGCGGUCCCCAGCUCCACUUCUCCAGUGACCUCUGGGUCCCUAGUUCGCUCUUCUGUGCGUAAAAAGAGAAAGAAUGCCACCCAUCCAGGAAGCCAUCGGCUCCGCCAGACCCAGGGAGACAAGGUCCCCGGGAAAGAUGCUGCCUCUGAACUCCAGUUGUGCCUGCAGCGGGCACGGGAGCUGGGCGCACGAGUCCAGGCACUAAGGGCCCCAACCCAGGAGGGGGAUACUGGAGAGUCCAGUGAGCCAGAGGCCAAGAGGGGUCCAACAGAGCCAUGUGGGGAGAAGACUCCUGCCUACCAGCGAUUCCAUGCCCUGGCCCAGCCUGGCAUCCCGGGUCUGGUCCUGCCCUACAAGUACCAGGUACUGGCUGAGAUGUUCCGCAGCAUGGACACCAUCGUUAGCAUGCUGUACAACAGGGCUGAGACUGUGACCUUCACCAAAGUCAAGCAGGGCGUCCAGGACAUGAUGCGCAGGCGCUUCGAGGAGCGCAACGUGGGACAGAUCAAAACUGUGUAUCCGGAUUCUUACCGCUUCCGCCAGGAAUGCAAUGUCCCCACCUUCAAAGACAGUGUCAAGCGGUCAGACUACCAGCUGACCAUUGAGCCGCUGCUGGACCAGGAGGCUAGUGGGGCAGCCCGCCAACUGACGGCGUCUUGUCUUUUGCGGAGGCGGCACAUUUUUGGCCAGAACCUGGUGGCACGGGUCAGGGAGCAUCACAAGGUCUUCCUGGCUGCCCUGGAUCCCCCCAUGGACGUACCUGAGGACCAACUGACCCGCUGGCACCCCCGCUUUAAUGUGGAUGAGGUACCUGAUAUCGAGCCAGCCCAGCUACCCCAGCCACCCACCACAGAGAAGCCGUCCACUGCCCAGGAGGUGCUGGCCCGAGCUCGAGGCCUGAUGUCACCCAGGAUGGAGAAGGCUUUGAAUGCCCUGGCCUUGCGCACAGUCAUGCCCAGCAGUCCUGAAUCUCCCCACCCGGCCCUGCCGGCCACCCCGGCCACCCCCAGCGCCCUGAAGGGGGUGUCACAGACUCUGCUGGAGCGGGUCCGUGCCAAGGAGGCACAGAAGCAGCUGGCCCAGAUGACUCGGCGCCCAGAGCAGGAAGAGCGGCUGCAGCGUCUAGAGCGGCUGCCUGAGCUGGCCCGUGUGCUGCGCAGCGUCUUUGUGUCUGAGCGGAAGCCGGCGCUCACCAUGGAGGUGGCUUGCGCCAGGAUGGUGGGCAGCUAUCGUGCCCCCAUGAGCCCCGGGGACAUGGAGCGACACCUGCAGCUGCUUGCGGAACUGCUGCCUGACUGGCUCCAACUGCACCACAUCCGCACCGACACUUACCUCAAGCUGGACAAGUCGGCUGACCUUGCGGGCCUCACUGCUCGGCUGGCCCACCUGGCCCGCACUGAGGAGGGGCUGUGA